CCUUCGCGCAAGCCUCGCGAAAAGAAGGUUGCAGCGACGCAACGCACACCAUCAAAUGACGAUCUCGCAGGCCAUCCAAUGGCGUCGCAAUGGCGAGCGGCAGUGGGUUCGAGGUUGUACCGGCACCGAGAAGAAUCUUUUCAUCACCGAUGAGUUCUUUCACGAGGGAAAGUCCGAAUCGAUGAAGCGUCCUGGUGAACGUCUUGAUCAAGACUCAAGGCGAUUGGGACUUCAACUAUGUGGCAGCAAGGCUCAGAAGAUCGUGGAUCGCGACGUACGCACGGCUCCCGAGGCUCAGCACGACAAUGGUCAGGAGUGGCGCGUCGGACUUCGAGGCUCACUACGAGCAAGUCGUCGAGGUGCCAGACGUCGAAAAGUGGGCCAACGAGACGUUUCGCAGUCGUUCAGCCAACACAGCUGCAGGUAUAACAGAAGAAGUCGCAUGGGCAUACCUUGACACGCAUAGACAAGAUUUCGCAAUGAAAGGCAUUUCGCGGGAAAAGGGCCACGUCGGGCUUGUGGACGUCAUCGACUUUGGAAGCGAAACGCCGUACACGGGCCUCACAUUGUGCUUCGACCACGCUCUUUUCGAUGGGCCAGGAACAUUCGGCGUCGUAGAUAGGCUUCUUCAAAAUUACGUCGAGCACGGUCAGACGGACUUGGACAAGCCGCUUGUGAAGGCAGAGCCGGACACGACGCUCCUCGCAUUCCUAAAUCACGAGACGCUCGAUGCAGACUACAGUGAAGCAGUCGGGUCCAUCAUCGCAGCGUCUGAGAAUGACUCGGAGAGUGCCUACCCAUUGGCGCCCGUCACGAGACUAAAACGCCAAGGAAGAGUGGCAGCGAUCAGCCACACGUUCACCGCAGACGAGACCACAAAGCUUCUUGCAGCUGCAAAGCGGCACCAAAUGUCCAUUUCGAUGGUCGCGUUCGCCACGCACAUCGUUGCCCUCCUCAAACGCCUGCCCUUUGACAGCUCCGACAAGAAGAAUGCCAGACGGACGCAUAUACCCAUCGGCGGGCCUGUCAACGUCCGGCAGCUGUUGCCGCCUUCAAAAGGCGUGGAAAAGUCAUCGGGCGCCGUGGUGGUGCUUGUGAGCCACAACAUCUUGCUGGAAAGUCUGACGGAGUCGCUCCUCAGGGGAGAGGUGGAGACUGAACAGGAUACCGAGGUGCUCCUCUCCCUCUCCCGAGCGCUCAAGGACGAAACAGAAAGGACAAAGGAAGGCUUUGGGCCCCGAUUGGCUCUCUUUGAUGCCUUUAGUCGCGAGACUACGAAGUCAGGCCAGCUGCCCCCACGUCCGCCCGGUACCAUGUCCUUUGUCGUUUCUGACGGCCUCCUUGAACGCUUCCUUUCACGCACCUACGGCAAGGGAGAUGACGCAUUGCAAGUGGUCAAUGCGAGCGUCAUCGUCAACAACCAAAACCCUUUCGUGACGGGAAGAACCAUGACAUUCGCCGGUCGACUGACGCUGUGCUACAAUUUCAAUGGCGAGCUCUGGGAGAGCGGGGGCAUCGAGACCAAGACGAUGGCUAAAGACUGGGCCGAUGUCCUGAAGAGAGUAUUGGACGUGUGAUGGGGUCAGGACUGGUCUCGUCCGGAAUUCUCCUGUUCUCUCAUCUCAUCAUUUCAUCGCCAGCACACAUGAAAGUCACCGACACUUCUUCUACUAACAAAUUCUCGUCAAUGCUCGAAUUCAUCGUCACAAACAGCGCAAAU